CUUGAAUCUCACCGAACUACUAAUCGCCCAUUCCGCAGCUCUCCUCGUUGCCGGUCACGUCGUAUUCUUUUUCCUCCACAUUCCAAUUUCCGCCACCGUCGUCUCAAUUUAUAACUGUGGCGUUGCUGGCGACGACGCACUCCCGCCACGCCUCUGUCCUUAACCUAUCAUGAUUCUGUCACUCUCUCCGGCGCGCAGAUAUCUAAUCGCCGUCGUUCAGUAGCAAUUUUUUUUGAUUCGUCUCGUCGACGAACUUCCUAGAAAAGGAAAGGCCAUUGCUUCCUCGUCGGUUGAAUCGAUAGCUUAGGGUUUCAAAAUUUCAACUGCCCCUGGAAUUCCAUUCCCAGAGGUGCGAUUCUGUGUAUCUCGAGCGCCAUCUCCGGGCGGAUAAAAAGUUGCAGGAUUUGGCUUGCCCCGGUGGCGAUUGAUCUGACGAGCGCUUCACCGGAGUUCGUCCUGAAUGCGGUGAGAGAUUUGAGUUCGUGGAAUUGGAGCUUCGAGAGCCUUGUUUCUCUUCCAACUGAGGUUGUGCUUUGAAGGUUUCGGAGUUUUGAUCUAGAGUUUGAGAAAAUGUCGAGUGGUCAAGUGACGAAGCGGGUGAAGUACAAGACCUCGGUCAAGGACGCUGGAACUCCUGGCCGUCUUUCACUGGUGAAAGAAAGGUUGGUGUUCAGGCCAAAUAAUCCGAACUCAGCAUCAAAGCUUGACAUGCAGUUCAAAUACAUUACAAAUCACAGGUACACCAAGGAGGGGUCAAAUAAAGCACCGAUGCUCAAUCUCACCUCAAAUCAGGGUGCGAGUUAUAUAUUCGAGUUUGAGAGUUAUGAAGAUCUCCAUAUCUGCAGGGAUUUCGUGGGUUGUGCUAACUUGAUGAAGUUUGGGCAUAAAGGUGUGGCAGAGCUCUUGCACCGCCAGCAGAAACUCCAAAUCUUGGAGCUAAUUCGCAAAUUCAUUCAGAACAACCCAGCAGAGAUGAUUUGCUCUUCCGUGCAAGGCUGCUGCAAAACAAUAGACUAUGUGCUACAUAGUGAAUUGCAGAAACUCCAUCAACAGUUUGUGGGUGGUGGUGUGCUGACAGAAGCAGAAUUCUGGGCUACAAGGAAGAAAUUGCUGGAGAAGGACGCCAACAGAAAGGCAAAACAACGAGGUGGUCUUAAAAGUUCCGUGCUGGCAGAGUCAAAGCCUUUUAUCGACGGUCGGACCAACAGAGUUACAUUUAACUUGACCCCAGAGAUAGUUCGUGAGAUUUUUUCAGAAAAACCUGCAGUUCACCGGGCUUACUUGAAUUUUGUUCCCAGUAAGAUGGCAGAUAAGGAUUUCUGGACCAAAUAUUGUAGAGCAGAGUAUCUCCAGCGCUCAAAGAAUAUUGCAGCUGCAAUAGCGGAGGCUGCUGAAGAUGAGGAGCUUGCCAUUUUCUUGAAGCCUGAUGAUAUUUUGGCCAAUGAAACUCGCAGGAAGAUCAGACGUGUUGAUCCAACUCUAGACAUGGAAACUGACCAAGGUGAUGAUUAUUCGCAUCUUCCUGAUCACGGAAUUUUUCGUGAUGGUAGCAAGGAAGUAGCCGAAUCAGGGAAUGAACUCUACCAAAGGACUUUGCUGCAGGACCUAAACAGGCAUGCAGCUGUUGUUCUUCAGGGAACUCCCAUAGAUGAAGAGCAGCUGAAAGACACACAAACCGUAGCAGAGGCACUUGAACGAUCAAAACAAGAGCGUAGCACUGCUAGCAAAGAUGACGAGUCAUCGGCAGAUCAGGAGAGAUUAAAGGGAAUAUCUCAAGCGAUGACAAUUGACGAUCUUCGAGGGUCAAAUGAUCACCACCUCGCGCCGCUUUGGAUUAAGGACCCUAGAGAUUAUUUCGAUUCACGACAAGCCAGCUCAGUGAAAACUUCUAUAGAAGCAACAAAGGGAACCAUGAGCAGCCACGAAUCAUAUGGUUUGUUGAGGGAAUCCAUCUCUCAAAUUAAAUCCAUGGGAUUGAAUCACCCCGUAGUUGCAUCAGAAGUAGCCCAGAAGGUUCUCUCUGUGUUGACCCACAACAUCUCAAGCACAAAGUAUAAUCUCGGUAAGAAACCUGGAGAGAGUCUGUUGGACAGCCUACCAACCUCAGUUAGAGACGAGCUUCUACAUCAUCAUAUUUCAAUUGAAGAGUUGAUGAAGCAUUUUUGGUCUUCAUAUCCAAUCACGAACAAGUAUCUCAAUACCAAGGUAACCAAACUAAAGGAUGAAAUGUCGAAAAUGGAUUCUCAACUACAGAAGUUGAAGGAAGCUGUACAGCCAGACAUCCGCCAUCAAAUUACACUUCUGAUUCGUCCGAUGCAGCAGGCGCUCGAGGCAGCAAUGCAGCACUACGACGCCGAGCAGCAGAAGAGAGCUUCAAAAGCUCGAGAAAAGCCGAAUGGAUAUUCUUGAGAGGAGAAAUCUUCUAACAUUGUACGUCGGUUGGAAUCGAAAUUUUGUCGAGACGAGUUAGUUUCUUUAUAGGUGAGAGAUGACGAGCUUACGUUGCCAUUCUUUGUACAAAAAGUUUUAAAGAAAGACAAUGUAGCUACUCGUUGGUGAUUUACUCUUACAAGUCACCCAUUAACUAUGCUCUUAUGAAAUGUGACACGAGUGAGGUUGAAAGGCCAACUGGUUACAUAUCUUCCCCAUAGAUAAUCCAGAGCGUAAUGCAGAAUGUUUAUAGCACAUUAGGUAAUCACAUGUAGCGACG